AUGAGUGGAUUAACGCCGGUGAUAUCUGAUAACCAAGUUGCACAAAUACAGUCAGCGCCAGUGUUGGAUAACUGGGCUGCAGUAGCAAAACUGGGAAAUAUCGAGAGCAGAUAUAAUGUGCAGCUUGAAAGGGAAUCAGAUAUUCGUGAAAUAUUGUCAUAUUGGACAAUGAAAUUAAAUUCUUUAUGGGAAUUGCAUAAAAAAUCGUUUACCCUUCACAAUCCUCAAACAAACCAGCAGAAUACAAUGCAGGAUAGAACGAAUAUUGCAAUACAGUGUAAGCUCGUCCACCGAUUCGUAUUUGAAAUCAAAGAAAUUUUGCAUUCUUCUCCUAAUAGAAUGGUUGUGAUACCUAAAUUGAGGAGAAAAUUUUAUUAUUGGCGCCAAAAGUCAUCAAAUUUUACGAAAAUUUUGCAAAAAAUACAAGAGCAAAAAUAUUUAUUGCUGAAUUCAAAGAAAGAAAUGAAUGUUAUUAUGGGGACAGUCAUACCACAUCAGAAUUCAACUUGCAGCAAUCCUACAGGCAGUGAGAUUCAGGCGAAGACAGCCGAUUGUAGUAGAUUUGAAAAUGAAAAUUCCAGCAGGAAAAUUGAAGAAAAAAAUGGGCAAAAAUCGGAUGAAUUCGAGCAAAUGAUAACAGCGCUAGAAAACGCUCUUAUGAGUGAAAUAAGAGAAUAUCCCGCACACUGGUUGAAUCCAUUUGAAUAUAAUCGUAAUAAUUCUCUCAUUGAAUCUCAGCAUCGUCCACCCAAUGUAAAUCGUGAGGUCCGAAUCGAUAUUGAAUUUACGGAUUAA